UAGUGCGGUCUGGGAGUACUUUGUUGAGAUUGAGAUGUUGCGCAAUCGAAGCCCGAAAAGAUUCAAUUAAGCGCAUUUGUAGAAAAAAAAAAAAAGUUGGAUAAUGUGUGUAACAGAUGUGUUGUCCUACAGUGUAAGAUGGGCGCGUAAAACCUCUCCAGAAAAUACCUUUCAACCCACCCUGUCAAAACCGGCCUGGGUCAUGUUUAACUGGGGCACAGAGGAAUAGUUUGGCCCAGGUUGCAGUUCUCGCUGUCGGACACUUGGCGCUGCUGCUUGGGAAGCAGCUGUGUAGCAAACGAGGGGGGGCGGCCACGGCGGUGCGACGUGGAAAGGCAGAACAGCAUUCUGGUCUCUGAUAGUAGAGAUUAAACUCCAGCGACACAAUGAGAACACACACCGUCCCGGAUCUCAGUGGGAUCUAACGCUGAAAUGAAAGCAAAGCGGCGAACCGGGUAAACACUCGUGUUAGGAAGAAGUCGUCGCCAUGGACGGAGGGCUGAUUAUUACAUUUAUAUCUGUGGCGAUGUUUGUAGGCUCCUUUCUGCUUGGAUUCAUCCCACUGUUGUUUCAACUGUCUGAGAAAAGCCUGCAGUUCGUCUCCAUCCUGGGGGCAGGUCUGCUGUGUGGGACAGCGCUGGCCAUCACCAUCCCAGAGGGAGUGGGUUUGCUGGAAGACUCGUGGAAAGCGUCAUCUUCCUCUGAUGUGUCAUCCGGUCUAAAUUCCAGUAAAGAAAAUGGGAAUGUGGCAGAGAGAGGCCUCCCACCUCGGUUCUUCAUUGGGGUUGCUUUGACGCUCGGGUUCACCUUCAUGUUUGUCGUCGAUCAGUUGGGAAGCUACCUUUCCACACGCGACCAGACGACUCGUUUGUCCAACAGCAUCCACUUCACAGCUACGUUGGGCCUGGUUAUUCAUGCUGCAGCUGAUGGAUUUGCUCUGGGUGCUGCUGUGGCUACAGGUCAAGUGACAGUACAAGUUGUAGUGUUUUUUGCUGUGAUUCUGCACAAGGCGCCCGCGGCUUUUGGCUUGGUCUCCUUUCUGAUGCACGGAGGCCUCGAGAAGAAGUUCAUUCAGGGACACUUACUGGCCUUUUCAGCUGCAGCGCCUAUAGUUGCUAUUGCCACUUACUUCAUAUUAUAUGCAUCUGGAAGCUCGUCUGAGAAUCAGCUCAGUGCAACAGGAGUGGGAAUGCUCUUCUCAGCGGGGACGUUUCUCUACGUGGCCACGGUGCAUGUUCUCCCUGAGGUCAGCAGCAGCAGAACUGAUGAGCUGCCCUUGGACUCCGAGCAGCAGUCUGGAGCCGAAGCUCACCAGCAGAGACACUUGGGGUUUCUGGAGAGCCUCACUCUCAUCAUCGGUGUGGGGCUUCCAAUGUUGCUGGCCCUCGGAGUGCACGAUGACUAAAAGAAAACAUGAGGGCAAUUUAUUUUAAAGGGGUGUGAAAGGAAAACUCCGAGCACCUGUACUAUAUGCCACAAUGACUGGAGGACAAAAUGGGCUUUGGCAGAGUCUACCUUGGUCCUCUUAUUUCAGUGUAACUUGGAUUUGUGCCAGGCUAUUGUUUGGGUGUCAAAAAGCUUUCCGGGUAGUGAUAAAGAAUCAGGUAACUAAUAUAUUUUCAUAGCUGAAUUGAGUUUCCAUUCAGGGAAAGCAGAAACAGCUCUCAUUUGUUGCCACAGUCCGCUGAAGGCAUGCCAUGUUGAGGUAUUAAAUAUCCCAAAAGAUGAAUAGAUUUACAGGAACAACCAAAUAAUUCGAUACUCUCUCACCUAGAAAAUAAGUUCUCUAGGGCGUACACUUUAUAUUAUUAUAUUUUACGGCUAAGAGUUUGAAAAUAUGGCCGGAUUUUCAGAUUAUAAAUGUGCAAUAAUACAAACAACAAAGUUUUUUUAUAAUGUUGUUUGUCUGAGCAGGUUUAUGGUGGGGAUCGUGUCGAGUGAGAGGCAGCCUGGACAGGUUACCGUCUGUCUGUCUGCUAUCACAGAGGCACGGGCCAAGUGCUCACACUCACAGCUACAGCUAAUGCUAAUUUAGAAUCAUCUCUUUGACUCAGCAUUCAUGCUUGUGCAGUGUGGAAUAAGGCCGGGGCAUGGGGACAAAACCGGGGACACAUGGAGAACAUCCAAACACAGAUAAGGGGCCCAGGUUUGAACCUCUCAAUGUGAAGUGAUAAUAACUGCAGCCAAAUGAGAUUCCUUGUGCGAGUUUUGUGAUUUAACUUUUUUUUAAAAUAGUCAGAACAGCGUCUUUAAGACCAACCGGUAAACUGGUCCAGCAACUCUCA